AUGCCUUGUUACCUUUCUGUAAAGAGCUCAGUCUUUGGCAUGCUGAUCUUCCUGGCUUUUGCCGGGAAAACGACAGCUCAAACUACCCCAAGUCGCUCCUACCAAAUUGGCAACAACUGUCCUGUUCCACUGCGUCUUUACAUUAACGCCAAUUAUGACAGCACUCUGCACGUUGGCGCUAAGAUCGUCAGAGAUCUAGGGCCUAACGUCGGCGGUAUUGCCGCCACUACGCAGAAUGGAACUGAUAUUCUUGGUACUACUGUGCGGUUCUUUGGGAACAGUGACCCCAACGCAGGACUCUACUACGUUGUCAAAAAUCCCGAACAAUUCAACGUUGGUGUUUUUGUCGGACCUAAUUACAGCUCAGAAAACGGAUUUUGUGACGAUAUUCGUUGCGAGAAUUUCAAUUGCACGGAUGCUUUCUCAACAACACAGUCAAACCUCUCGGACCAGACAACAACUCCAGCAUUGAGGCCUCUCCACUCUUGCGUAAAGCCUAAUCUCUCGUUCUCUGUGACUUUUUGCCCUUCUGGGCGACUUCCCAUCCCUGCCCCACCUACUGUCGCGAUUCAUCCGGCUGCCAAUAAAUCAAAGUGCUUAGAUGUUCGUGGCAACGUACAGGCUAACGGAACACCUGUGCAAAUAUAUGAUUGCAACGGAACAGGCGCCCAGAAAUGGACUCUUGGUGAUGGCCCCACGAAGGUCAAGCUUGCAGGGACAAACUUCUGUUUGGAUGCAACCUCAAGCAAUCCAUCUAGCGGAACAGGCAUGAAGAUAUGGACCUGCUACGAUGAUCUUGUUGCGCAACAGUGGAAUAAACUACCAAGUGGAGCCCUUACCCUCAUUGGAUCCGGUCAAUGCCUCGAUCUCACGAAUGGCGAUUUGACAAACUCCAAUCAGGUACAAACUUGGCAAUGUUCCAAUGGUAACCAGAACCAAGUUUGGACCACCGAAGCUUGA